GAGUUUGGCUAUUUGUUUGUUCAAGAAUGCCUCCCAAAUAGUAAGACAUAAGACCACCAAAUUUGGCCUACAGCUUCCUCUUAACUUAAAGCAACAUAGGGGUUUGGUUGUGCCACGAAAACAGGAUGUGCUAGGAAUAAAAUUAACAGAAAAGAGUCAAUCACCAAAUCAAGUGUAGUCCUCAAAACUGACAUUGUUCAAGAUGGUUUACCUAAAAGGGGGAAUGUGCACACUGGUUUCCUCCCCAGGUAACAAUUAUUUACACAGGGCUUGAUAGAAAAUAGAAGUGAUUUUAUUAAGUAGAAGCAGUGGGAUUUAAAUGGUGAUAAGGGAGAACAGGCAGAACAAAGUAGGUUACAAAUCAAAAGAAAUAAAACGUUUGGCUAAUUCUACACUGAAACCUCAGUACAAACUGUUGUAUCAUGCAAGCAAGUUGCUAACAAACUUCAACAGGGCUUUACCAAAAGUUUAGCCUCUUUACAAAGCUGCUGCAUCCCUCAGUAGCUCACUCAGCCCCUGCCAGUCUUCCUGCUUCCCAACAGCCAAUGCUCCCAGUUCUAAUCAUUACAAGCAGCAUCUACAACUUACUCAAACUCACCCUUAAACCUCUUUUCCAGCUGCCCCGCCACACCAGGGCUGUCUCCUCACCCUGGGGUCUUUGGCUCCUUCCUUCAGGUGCAGCCCAGCCAAAAGACCCAGGCCUCUGCUUUCUUAGUCUUUUUGUUAAGGAAGUGAGGGCCCCCCCCAUCAACCACUGCACAGACUUAAGGACAAAAGAGAUUAACAACCUUCCUGUCUCUCAUUCACACAUUUGAAAGCCACUAAGUAUGUCUCCCUAUGUCUAAUUAUACACAUGCAAAUGAUACACACAAAGUAAGAUAGACAGACCCAGCGGAUUGUGACUCGGAGGUUGAUGGGUUACACAAAAUAAUUCCCUCAAAGCACCUUGUAUCUUGUAUAUUCAUGUCCACAAGUCCAUUUAAUAAAGCGGGGAGGGGGGCCUCAUCACACUGCACAUAACAUCUGGGGCUACUUCCUACACCUGAGCCCUGCUCCUUCUAGCCCUUAAUUCACACUCUGCUCCCCAACCCCUUACAUCACCUGGGGCUUGGGAUCUUGCUACUAGCCCAGUACCUAACCCCAUCCCCCUGCUCUCAGGGUCCACACUGGCAUCUACCCUCCCCAGCCAGUUGCCCCAUACUCAGGCCUCUGAGUCUGGCCCCCCACUGCCAGGUCUCUGCUCUUGGCCCACAUGUGGGGGUCCCAGCUGUCCCUUCUGGUCCAAUGCCCUCCCCACACCCUUAUUAAAAAAUCUUCCAGCACUGCUGUUGCCCUCAUGAUGCUAAAUGUCCCGCACACCUGUUGUUAAUUAGUAAUUUUCCCUUCCUUAAGUGCCAUGCUUUCACCCUUGGGUUCUGGGGAAAGAAACCUAUUUCCUUGUCAGCCAGACCCCAUCUCUGCACACGGGUCCCUCUAAUGCUUCCUGAAUUGAGCCCUCUUUGUCCUUGAGCACCUGUUUUCCUAAUUCAUCCAGCAGCCAGUCAUCAGCAAAUGGGCAUUUUCAGAUGAGAGCAAACCACUUGUGCACCUAAUCAGCCUGCCAGCGGAUAUGCUGUGUUUUCCUUGCUGAGCCCCUAGUCCUGCAUAUACAGCAUUCAUGGAUCUUUUACUUCCAGGAGUGGUCCUGCAGUAUUCUCGGAGUUUGCUCCCUGAUGAAAUAUUACAUGUUUGCAUGUUUUCAGGAUCAGGGUCUAAGAUACAAACUUUUGAAGUCCUUUAAAAGAACCUCUUGAUGAGUCAGUCUCAAAAUGCUCAAGCAAUGUAACUCUAGAUGUCUACACAGUGCAAGUGUUGAACUAAAAUUGGGGGGGGGGGGUGCUUCCCACACCUGUGUCCUUCUCCUGGCCAUCGACCCACACUCAGUAUCCCAACCCUUCACAUCACCAGGAGCUUGGAUCCUAGCUAUUGGCCCAGUGCCUGGCCCCAUCCUACUACUCUCAGCACUCAUCUUGCUCCAAGCCCCACGUGCAAGGUUGUUUGUGAUUCGGGUCUUCAAAGGGGAUACAGUCCUUUUGUGUUUUAGAAACUAAAGAACUUGAAACUGCUGAAACCCAGAUAUUUUUUAAACCUGUGACAUCCAAUAGAGUGUUCAGAUAAAUUUCUUGAGGGAUGGGGCCCCAAAAGGCACCAACUAUACUUCAAAUUAGGACUUACUGGAAAUAACCUUUGCAAACCAUUUCAAAUAACCCCACAGAUAUGGGGAGGGAGACAUUUGAAAUUGCCGUCCUAAAGUUGUUAUUUGUGGAAGGCUUUUGACUGCGUGGGUGGUUACUAUCUGGUCACAUUGCAAAGAUACACUGCCAAAAACAAUCAUUUUUCAUCCUUUUGCCGGUGUCACAUAGAGGCCAAGGACUGAAACUUUUAACAAGGGGAGUACCCUCCUCCAUUGUGGUGUUCCCGCACCAGUCCGUGGUGGGAAAGUGUUGGGAUCCCAACAGAGUCUUGCAGGGUCUUUUGCUGGACAGAGGAUGAGAGUCUCUGGGCUGUCAAUUCAGAACUUCUCAUGUGAAUUAAAUGUACCUGAAAGCAUUAUUUCUGCCUUGCAAUAAUGGGCUUCUUACACUCUACCCCUAUUUCUCUCUCAAGUUUCUUGUGCACGAUUGAAUAAUUUCCGGCCGUGUCUGUGGGCAGAAGAGGUUUGUACACUCUCUCUUUAAGAUGGAAUGAAUAUGCGUAGCCAAUGAAGUGGCCCUGUCCUGUUUCCAUGGUGACAAGGGAGACUAACCGUGCCUAGGGAGAGGCAAAGACCUUGCUAUGAAACGGGACCCCCAGGGCUGCUUUUUGAUACACUUCAGAGGGUUCCAGUCUCUGGACCCUAAGAAUCAAGCCAGUGGCUGUGUGAGAGUGACAAACCCCAGGGUUCCUGCUUUGCAAAUAUGUCUAAUUCCCACUUUGUGUACUGUGCCUGUUGGGACCCUUGGAAUGUGAGAGGUAGAAGGCUAAUAAAGACCAGGCCAGGAUUAUUGAAUCAGAGAGCCAGGUCCUCCUCACUGGGCAUGAUCUUGAAAAACCAAAACAGUUUCCUGUUUGCACUGAAACCUCCCAGCACAUCAAAAGGGAUAUUGCCCACCAGAAAAUGUGGCUAUCAACUACGAAGCAGAGAACCCCCUGACGCUUCAGGAGAGUUCAUAGAAAUCUCACCUGGCUACACCCUAACUCGGAGUAAAGAACAUCUCUCCGUCACACUCGGGGAGGAAUUUUUUGAAAGAAAAGUAACUACUGACAAACCAGCCCCCCCUUUUGUUCCCAGAAGCCCAGUGAAACUUGAGACGGAAGAUGUUAUUACCGACUUAGAGGAGCAGAUUGCUGAGCUGUCCGAUAUGAUGGAGCAACUGCGCAGAGAUCACCAGGCCUCCCGCAAAUUGCUGGAGAAAGAUAUGGAAGAAAAAUGCAAUGAGAUGCGACAGGAGCACGGGAAUAAGAUCAGGGAACUCCAAGAAGCUCACCGUGCAGAGCUCCAGGCAUUGCAAGAGUUCUACAAGAAGGAACUGAAGACUGAGAGGGCCACUGCACAGGAGAAAAUGGAGGGGAUGCAGAAGGAGUACAAGUACCUGAAGAACGCUUUCCGAAUGUACCAGGACAGUGUUUCUGAUGAGAUGGAGGAGAAGUGGCUGAGAAGGCAGGUGGACUGGAAGAAGAGCGAGAGGACCGAGCGGGAGAAGGCACUAUUACAGCAAAAGCAGGAAUUGAUGAAGAAAUUUGAGCUGGAGAAAGAGCAGCUGAGGAAGUCGCUUCGGAGUGGUGACACCAUGAUGAAUAAAGAUAUAGAGGAUUAUAUUAAACAGCACCAGGCAGAUGAGAAGAAAAUUCAAGAGCUGCAAAGCAUCAAGGAGUCUCUGACUGUCGAGGUGAAGGAGAAGGACCAAAUUCUCACGGCUCUCACCGCGACCAUGCAGAACGCCCAGGUGGAACUCAAGAAAGAGAAAAGCAACCUGCUGGCGAUGGAGAAAAGCAUUCAAGAGAAAAUCUCGGCUGUUGAAUUAAAACACCAACUCAACAUCUCCUCCUUGACAGACGAAAACGUCGUUCUGAGACGCAAACUGAUCACAAAGAAUGAAGAAGCAUAUAAUGAAAGAGUCCAGAAAAAAGAGUCAAAUGUCAAGACAGCUCUAACGGGAAUGUGACCUUAUUAAGAGAAACUCUCUGCUGAUGCUAAAUCCGAAGUAGCACUAUGCUCACAUUUAGUCGCUGUUUCUGCAGGCAAUGCCAAAACUGCAGUUCCUCACUCUUCCUCAGAAGAAUUUCAAAACCACAUAAUUGAUCAUAUUCAAGGUGUCAUGUUUUUGUCCUGUCAUUUCCUUAUUCUCUAUAUCAGGGGUCUAAAAUGCAAUUUACCUUAGGAGCCAGUCCUCAAAUUCUCCUAGUGGGCCAGCAGGCACCCCCACUAUUAGGGCUCUGAAGGGGGUGUGUGUGUGUCUGAACAUUCCCUCUAGCUGCCCCUAGGCAAUUAUGUCCCUUUCCCGCGGGGUCCCUGGUACCAUACCAAUAGCACAACGAGGCUACAGCAGCCUCUGGCUGCUAGCUCUGCACCAUUCCCAGCACAUCCCUGUGGCCUGGGGGUGGUGCGUGCAGAGUUGUCCCAGGCCCCACAC